AUGAAGUUUUCGCUCGUCUCUCUGGCGUCCCUCCUCGCCCUCACAUCGUUUGUGGCCCCGGUUGAAGCCUCCGACUGGGAGUGCAACCACAGCUGGAAGGACGGUGGCCUCCGCCGCAUGUCAUUCAAGUUCAACGGCUACUGUGAGGACCUAUGGGGCCGGUGUUUCCUCGACAAGCUCCGCUCCAGAGCGUUGAUCAUUCACAACUGGCAAUGCUGGCCGCUCGGCGAUGGCAACUGGCAGGUCGAUUUCUCCACCUUGAAGGGCAUGGGCACCGAGGCCGGGAAAGCCAUUCAGGACGUCACUGGUCAGUGGAAGGGGUGCUGGGACGGCGUGUAA